CACAAACAGAACAACUAGCGUGAGGUUCAAUCAGCCGUCCGGUUGUAAGGUGGCGUGAACACCAGGAUCCCCACGGGAGGCGUGGACACGUGAGGCAUGAGUUCCGGCGGCGCGCGGUGCCGCCUGCGCGCUGACCGGGGCGGUCGCUGUCCGCGGUGCUGACGCCUUCCUGCGGGCUGCUGCACGCACGCACGCACGCACGCGUCCGUGGGGCUGCACGCAAUCCACGCAUAUGUGACAGCGCUUUGAACCUGUGACAUCACCUUUGCAAUUCACCUUGGGAUUAAAACAAAUAAAGCAAAAGACGCAUAAAAGGCCGAUGGAUCAGAUCCAGCAGCAACAGAUCACCAUGGAUCCAUCUAGUCCCAAAGUGCAACCUAGGUUUUCUGGAUUUACAGAGGCUGGUCCUGGAUUGCCUUCACAGCACGCAGAUAAGGAGCCACCUCUCUUCACCCAGUCAGGGAGGCUCAAGCUAUAUUCUGGGUUGAGUCAGUUACAGACUCCACCUAAAUUCACAAACCACCUGCAGUUAAGCCAGAUAAAGUCCUGGUCCACUUCAACACCACCACCACCAACAACAGCAACAACAACAACAGGUAUCAGCCGACCCAGACCAACUGCUCUAGGAACUAAACCUGCUCCAAAACCAGACAGGAUUUCAGUGGACCCCUGCAAGGAAAUAGAUUUGAUUCCAGUGUAUAUCCCGGGACCUCAGAGUGCUAACGCCUUGCCCCACUCCCCAACAGAGUCCUCAUUCCCUCUUCAUAGUCAUCAUAGUCCCCACAGCCCUCAAUCUUACAUGAACCAACCUUCCCUGAGCCCACAUCCCAGCCUGCCCUUCCCUCCAGCCAACUCCAAACCCUGCACCAGCCCUCAGGCUCAGAGUACACUGUCUCCUGGGAACACAUCACAGAACCAAGCUUACUCAGAAAAGAUCAGUGGAGACGAGUUCAGUGUGUACAUCAUCACGUGGAACGUAGGGUCGGCUGUUCCCCCAGAUGACAUCACAUCUCUGUUUGGACCAAAUGUUUCAGAUGGGAGUGUUGACAUGUUUAUCAUCGGGCUUCAGGAAGUGAACUCUAUGAUAAAUAAGCGGCUGAAGGAUGCGCUCUUCUCAGACCAGUGGAGUGAACUUUGCAUGGAUACACUCAGCCCAUUUGGAUAUGUUCUGGUAGCAUCCCAGCGAAUGCAGGGAGUGCUGCUGCUGGUGUUCUCUAAAUUCUGCCAUCUUCCCUUCCUGAGGGGCGUGCAGACAGAGCGAACGCGCACAGGACUUGGGGGAUAUUGGGGCAAUAAGGGGGGUGUGAGCGUGAGGAUGACUGUGUUUGGCCACACGGUGUGCUUUCUCAACUGUCACCUGCCGGCUCACAUGAGGAACCUGGAGCAGCGCGUGGAGGACUUUGAAAGCAUCCUGCAGCAGCAGCAGUUUGAAGGUGGAGCUGCAGCUGGUGUGCUGGACCACGAUGUCCUGUUCUGGUUUGGAGAUUUGAAUUUCCGUAUUGAGGACUACGACAUCCACGUGGUGAAAGGCGCCAUUGAUGGAAACAAGCUGCCCCUGCUGUGGGAGCGAGACCAGCUCAACAUGGCCAAAAACACAGAAUCCAUCUUGGCAGGCUUCGUGGAAGGUCCACUCAAAUUCCCACCGACGUAUAAGUUUGACGUUGGCACUCAUACGUACGACACCAGUGCUAAGAAAAGGAAGCCUGCCUGGACAGAUCGCAUCCUUUGGCGCCUACGUCGCACCGGCUCGCCUGUUCCUACCCACAAUGCAGCACUGCAACGAGGUUUGACCUCGUGGUUGGGUGGGGCCACCAGAGUGACACAGCAUUUGUACAGAAGUCACAUGAACUACACCAUCAGUGACCAUAAGCCUGUUUCGGCGCUGUUCUCGCUACAUUUCCCAUUCAAAGUUGAGAUGCUGCUGAUCGAGUUGCAGAUGAACAAGGAGUGGUGUCAAGUCUCUGACGCUACCGUCAGACUGACUGUGGCGUCAACGUACCAACGCAGCUCGUGGGACUGGCUGGCCAUAUACAAGGUUGGAUUCAGACAUCACAAAGACUACGUCACAUACGUGUGGGUGAAAGGGGAGAAGGUAACACAGGUGACGUUUUCAGAAGAGGAUCUGCCGAGAGAUGAUGGGGAAUACAUCUUGGGUUACUACAGUCAUAAUAUGAACAGCAUUGUUGGAAUAUCAACACCAGUCCAGAUCAAGAUUCCAGUGGACAUCCCUGCGGUGCGUCGCUCUGGCAGCUUUGAUGAGAGUUCAGAAGAUGACAGCACCCUGGUUCUACUGUCUCCGAACUCCCGAAGCCCGAGCCCUAAGUCCAGAAGACUCCACCAUCGUCACCGCCGUAGCCGCAGCCCUGCUGUUCCUGCACUUUCUUCCAACCCUCUCCCUUCCCUGCAAGGCCUCAGCCUGUGCCCUCGCUCCAAGGAUGGCUCGGCGCGUAGCCGCUCACCGUGCUCUGCUGCCCGAAAGGAACGACUGGCCUCUCCCGACAUAAACCCCCUCAGUCCUCGGCGGCCUCUGUCUCCGUGCAGUGGAGUGACCGCACCAGAGGCCCUGAUCGCUGCCAUCAUGGGUGAACACAGACCUGCUCACGUCAGCACCACAGGGGGGCAAACCGUGAAGGAGGGGUGGCAGAAAUGGACAUGAGCAAAACCGUGCUGUCACUGCACUCAUGCAAAGACACCUCGUCAUAUAACAUUCCACAUAUU